GACAUGCGCAAAAAUGUCAGUGACGUUUGUAAAUGGCAACCACCCUGUUGUCAUUUACGAAACGUUGAAAUUUUCUCUCAAAACGAUUAGUUAACGAUACGCGGGGUAAAAUGACGUCGAAAUCGGAAAAAGACAAGACGAAACAGCUGCAGGACAAGUGCCAAUCGGUGCUGAACGGCCUUCUCAGAGACGAAGAUAAUAAAUACUGUGUCGAUUGCGAUUCCAAAGGUCCUAGAUGGGCGUCAUGGAAUAUAGGCGUAUUUUUGUGCAUAAGAUGCGCGGGAAUUCACAGAAACCUAGGAGUCCACAUUUCGAAAGUAAAAUCAGUUAAUUUGGACACUUGGACUCCAGAACAGGUUGUGUCACUGCAACAAAUGGGAAAUUCCAGAGCCAGGGCUGUUUACGAAGCCAAUCUUCCUGAUAAUUUUAGGCGGCCCCAGAACGACAGUAGCUUGGAAACGUUCAUAAGAGCGAAAUACGAGCACAAAAAGUACAUAGCUAGGGAGUGGGUGCCUCCAGUGUUGCCAAAAGUAAAUUGGGAGAAGGAAAUCGACGACGAGAUCGAAAAGCAGAAAAGAAAAAAAAAGACUACAGUCGAAAAAAAAAUUGUUUUGGGUAAUGUGGAAGUGCCCCAGUUGCCAAAACCGAAAAACCCCAGCCCAAAGCCGUCUAGGAAUAGUGCCAAUAUAGCUAGUGUUGAAAAUAAGGACAGUAGUAAAAAGGACAGUGACUUAUUAGGUUUACAAAAUGGCGACGACAGCUUUUCGGGCUUCCUGUCGGCCGCCGCCGCCGCGUCGGCGGACGCGAAAAAGCCGGAAGACUUGACGUCGAGUUCCGCUUCCGUUCCGGCGGCGGCGGCGGACAUCCGGACGGAGGAGGAGAGCUUCUUCAACCAGACCGCUCCCACGGAGAAGGAGCGCGUCAAGCUGACGAAAGACAGCAUCUUGGCGCUGUACGGCAGCGCCCCCUCGGCGCAGCCGUUCCAAGCUGCGGCCGCCGCCGCGCCUCAGCUGCAGCAGCAGAUGCUCGGCGGCGGCGGUUUCGGCGGGUUUCCGGCCGCUCCAGUCGCGCAGCAGCCGUUCGGGCAGGCUGCGCAGAACGGCAUGGGCGGCGCGUUCGGGGUUUGGCCGCAGCAGCAGACCCCACCGCAGGUGUGGAACAAGCAACAACCCGUCGCUCAGUUCCCCGCCACCGCCGCCGCCCCUCAAUUCGGCUCCGCCCCCCAAUUCCCCCCGCAACAACAACAACAACAAAACGGCCCCCUCUCGCAAUUCACCGCCGCCGCCGCGUUCGCCAAUCAGAUGCACGCCACGCCCCCCACCAUGGCCAACCAGUUCGCCGCGUUCGCGUCCCCGCCCCCCAACGCUUUCGCGGCGGCGGCGGCAACGUCGCAAAAAACUCCGAACCCCUUCUUCGCCCCGGGGGCGGCGCAACCGGGCGGCGCUUUCGGCGCGCCGGCGCCCUCCGCGGGCGGCAUCAACUUGCAGCAGCAGUUCGACGGUUUGACCCUGAACGGGGCGGCGCCGCCCCUCACCGCCACCAAUAUAUGGCAGUAGGAUACGUUCUACAGUAAGACAUAAAGGAAUUUAUUUUGGAAAAAAAAUAAUUCUUGUUUAUUGCAAACCAUAGAAAACCCGGUUAUUACACUAUUGCAUAUAGCCGAUUUUUUGUGAUUUAUUGAGGUAAUUUUUAAGGUACUUUCAGUAUUUAUGUUUUACACUUUCUUACCUAAACUGCCAUAAAAUUGCCUCCGAUACAACUUAUUCAAACAAUUUUCCUUACAUGUGCCUUUUCUUAAUAUUAAAGCACAUUUUUUUUGUUGCCAUCGUAAAUCACAAAAAUUUGGCCAUUUAAAAUGUAUAAUUUUUAGUUCUGUUUCAAGUGAUAUUACAAAUCAAUUUGUAUUAAUAAAUAUUAAAAAUAUAAGAAGAUAAUAAUAAUAAGAAAUAUGCAAAAGUCCAUAUUUUCUCUAUGUAGUAAUUUUUUGUUGCCAUUGUUGCACACUGUCUUUUUUUUUACAUACUUACUGUUGGGUGUUGCAAUAUAAAAUUUUUGAUGUGCAAGUUUCUUUGAACGAAUUUUUAUAUAACGUUUUUUUUAUUAAACUACAUACAUACAAUAGAG